UCGGCCAAUCUAUCCCUCCUCUCUCUCUCUCUCUCUCUCUCUCUCUCUCUCUCUCUCCAACCAGAGGCCAGCCAAGAGUUGAUACUUGCGGAAGCUUGUAUAGUCGCGUACUCGUAUAAUAUUGGAAAGCAUAACAAUCGCCAACAGCCUGUUUCGAUCAAGUCCGAUUGAGAUUGACCCACAUCUCUCUCACUCUCUUUGAUCGAGUCUGUAACAGACAGUGGAUCGGUUUAAUGGCGUCCCAACAUCCAUCCGAACUUGAAUCCGUUACGGCAGACUCUGUCACGUCUUCCCCGCGGUCGGACCACUUACCACAUCCGCCGCACAGAUUGUAUGAAGAUCUCUUGCCCCGUGUCCGAUUCAUGUGCAGUUUUGGAGGCCGGAUCCUCCCUAGGCCACACGAUAACCAGCUCCGGUACGUAGGAGGAGAGACGCGUAUCGUCGCCAUCAAUCGUAACACCACCUUUGCAGUCCUUCUCGCCAAACUAUCAAAGCUUUCUGGAGCCACGGACAUCACCGUCAAGUAUCAACUCCCCAACGAAGACCUCGAUGCCUUGAUCUCCGUCACCGCAGAUGAAGACGUCGAGAACAUGAUGGAGGAGUACGACCGCUUAUUACAUGGUGUCAACUCCAAAACGGCCCGGCUCCGACUCUUCCUUUUCCCUAUCAACGGCUCCAACGCUAGCAGCCUGGGCUCACUCCUCGACGGUUCAUCCAAGCGCGCAAACUGGUUCCUCGACGCCCUCAAUGGUGGCGAUGGGUCGGCUUCUUUAGAGCGUGGCCGGUCCGAAGCCUCCUCUAUCCUCUCUGAAGUCCCUGACUAUCUCUUUGGCCUUGAUAAUUCGGAUGACACUCGCGAGCCCAAACCAAAAACCCGCUCCUCUGUGGCCGAAAACAUCUCGGUUUUCGACCCCGGUUCACCGGCUCCGGCUACUUCAUCCCCGUUCUGCUCUACCUCAUCGGCGCCUUGCUUGCCUCCAAUCCCGGAUCUCCCACCCGUUAAAACAAAGCCAGAGAAUCCAAUUCAUGCCCCUGAUUCAAGAGAAAAUCCGCUACAGGGUUUGAAGGAGACAAGAGAUGUAUCAAUUUCUCAACAAGCCGGAGGAUACCAGGGUAGUCCUGCAUGCCAGUAUCCACCGGACUCUCACUUCCAUGGUCCCACUGUAAAACCAGUUCCGGUUUACUAUGUUCCGGGUCCAGUACCCGCGGGGAACGUUCCGGUGCAACACGUCCAGAUACCGGGUCACUACGUGCAGCAAAUCCCGAUGCCUCCGGGUCAAGUUCCAGUCGGGUUCCGGCAACCAGUUGCCGGCGUAGGUCAGGUAUACGGCGGGGGCAUGAAACCGGUUUCAGCGGUUGAAGCAUAUCCAUAUGAAUACCCGCCAGGAGUGAUUCCUGACGGGGUAGGUGUAGGUCAGCAUGUAUACUACGCGGUUAGAAAUCCGGGUGCCAUACCGGCUUACCCUGCUGCAGUUCUCCCGACUGGGGUUGAGUUGCACCCAGCUAGUACAGAGACGAAGAUUCGGGUUUCUCAGUCGCUCUCAAAGACAUGAUAUGGGUAUAGCCGUAUAGGCUGUUAUAUGUAUCAUAACUAUCGUCUGGCAAGAUAUCAGUAAGUACUGUUUCUGCCGUUUUGUUUGUUGAUCAAGAUAAUUGAGUUGUAUAUAGUUUUCUUUUACUUUCCAAUUCUGGAUUGUACAUAGUUCUGUCAUAUGUAUGCUUGAUAAUUUGUAAAGAAAAUUUUCUUUUAAAAAACA